AUGGGCUUGACUGCGGACUUUGACGAUCGACAAAUACAUACCGAGGCCGAAUCUGAGGUUUAUCAUCCUUAUGAGUACCAAACAGAGAACAAUGAUUCCUGGGCGGGCGCUCUGCCGGUGAAGCAGGGUCUCUAUGACCCAAGCUUCGAAAAGGAUGCUUGUGGUGUCGGCUUUGCUUGCCACAUCAAGGGCAAGCCCAGCCACAAGAUUGUUAGCGAUGCACGCAACCUUCUUUGCAACAUGACCCAUCGUGGAGCCGUUGGCUCUGAUGCACGAGAUGGCGAUGGUGCAGGUGUUAUGACAUCGAUCCCCCACAAGUUCUUCAUCAAGAACUUCGAGCGAGAGGUCGGGAUUAAACUCCCUCCUCCAGGCCAAUACGCCGUGGGAAAUUUGUUCUUCAAGCCGGACAAGGAGACCCUGCAGGAGUCCAAGAGGCAAUUGGAAGAUAUUGCUGAGACCUUGGGCCUUCGGGUUCUGGGAUGGCGAGAGCCUCCUGUGGACUCUACUCUCCUUGGCCCUGCUGCUGCAAGCCGUGAGCCCAUCAUCUUGCAGCCUUUCGUCGUUCUUGCUUCUGCUUACGGCUCUGGGGAUGCCCCCGAAAUGACGGAUCCCGAGAAGUUUGACGAGCGACACUUCGAGAUUCAGCUCUACGUCCUCCGAAAGCGUGCCACUCACACCAUUGGUCUCCAGAACUGGUUCUAUCUGUGCUCCCUAUCUAACAAGAACAUUGUUUACAAGGGACAGCUUGCUCCAGUGCAGGUCUAUCAGUACUACCAUGAUCUCGUGAACGCCGACUAUGAGGCUCACUUCGCCCUGGUCCACUCGCGUUUCUCCACAAACACUUUCCCGUCGUGGGACCGAGCUCAGCCCCUUCGGUGGGCGGCGCACAACGGUGAAAUCAACACCCUGCGCGGCAACAAAAACUGGAUGCGUGCUCGAGAGGGUGUCAUGCAAUCGAACGUCUUUGGCGAGGAAUUGGAGCUGCUAUACCCCAUCGUUGAAGAUGGUGGCUCUGAUUCUGCUGCUUUCGACAACGUUCUGGAGCUUUUGACCAUCAACGGUGUUCUCUCUCUCCCUGAAGCCGUCAUGCUGAUGGUUCCCGAGGCGUGGCAAGGCAACUCUCUCAUGGAUCCCAAGAAGGCUGCGUUCUAUGAGUGGGCUGCGUGCCAGAUGGAGCCCUGGGAUGGACCUGCGCUUUUCACAUUCGCGGAUGGUCGCUUCUGUGGUGCCAACUUGGACAGAAAUGGUCUACGACCGUGCCGUUACUACGUCAUGGAUGAUGAUCGGAUCAUUUGUGCUUCUGAGGUCGGCACUAUUCACGUAGAGCCUGAGCGCGUGGUCCAGAAGGGCCGUUUGCAGCCUGGUCGCAUGCUCCUGGUUGAUACCGUUGCCGGCCGCAUCAUCGACGACAGCGAACUGAAGGCUGCUGUGUCUAGUAGACAGGACUUCCGCUCCUGGCUGGACAAUGAGCUCCUUAGCCUUCCCACUGUUUUGGAUACCCUGGCUGAGCAGAAGGCUGUGGACUUGGCUCCUCGCCCAGACGAGAUUCCUCUCCAAGAAGACCCUCUUCUGCACGCUUUUGGCUACACAUUCGAGCAAGUCAGUCUUCUACUCGCGCCCAUGGCCUCUGAUGAAAAGGAAGCUCUUGGAUCUAUGGGUAACGAUGCCCCGUUGGCCUGCCUUUCCCAAGCUCCUAGGCUCCUGUACGAGUACUUCAGGCAGCUCUUUGCUCAAGUCACCAAUCCUCCCAUUGAUCCCAUCAGAGAGUCCAUUGUCAUGUCACUAGAGUGCUAUGUUGGACCUCAAGGAAACCUGCUCGAGAUGGACGCUUCCCAGUGUGGCCGUCUGCUCCUGCCUAGCCCAAUUCUCUCAAUCCCCGAGUUCAAUGCCAUCAAGAACAUCUCCAAGAUUCACCCUGACUGGACUGUUAGAGUUAUUGACAUCACCUUCCCCAAGAAGGAGGGAGUCGAGGGCUACAUCAGGCACCUGGACUACAUCAACAAUGAGGCUACUGCUGCCGUCGAGGCACGAGACCGCAUCAUUAUCCUCUCUGAUCGCAACACCUCAAAGGACCGAGUUGCUGUCUCCACUCUCCUCGCCUCUGGUAUGGUUCACCACCAUCUUGUCAGCAACAAGUGGCGAUCUAUGGCUGCUAUCGUUCUCGAGACUGCUGAGGCUCGUGAGGUUCACCACAUGACUGUUCUUCUCGGCUAUGGUGCUGAUGCCAUUAACCCUUACUUGGCCAUGGAGUGCAUCCUAAAGCUGAACAAGGAGAAGCUCAUCAAGAAGAAGCUCAGCGAUGACGUUCUGAUCCGCAACUACAAGCAUUCUUGCGACGGUGGUAUUCUGAAGGUCAUGAGCAAGAUGGGUAUCUCGACUCUUGCCAGUUACAAGGGAGCCCAGAUUUUCGAGGCUCUUGGUGUUGAUGACACUGUUGUCGAGCGAUGCUUCCGAGGAACUGCUUCCCGUAUCAAGGGUAUCACCUUCGAGCUCAUUGCCGAGGAUGCCUUCCGUUUCCACGAGCGUGGCUUCCCGUCUCGUUACACUGUUGGUGUCCCAGGUCUCACUGAGUCUGGCGAGUACCAUUGGCGCGAUGGUGGUGAGGCUCAUAUCAACGACCCUUCUUCCAUUGCCAACAUCCAGGAUGCCGUCCGUUCCAAGAACGACAAGUCCUACGAAGCAUACUCAAAGUCCGAGUAUGAACAGAUCAAGGCCUGUACCCUUCGAGGCAUGCUUGAUUUCAAGUUUGAGGAGCGCAACCCUGUUCCUAUCGACCAGGUUGAGCCCUGGACAGACAUCGUGCGCCGUUUCUGCACUGGUGCCAUGUCGUACGGUUCCAUCUCUAUGGAGUCUCACUCUACCCUGGCUGUUGCCAUGAACAGACUUGGUGGCAAGUCCAACACCGGUGAAGGUGGUGAGGAUCCUGAGCGAUCCCAGAGACUCCCUAACGGUGAUACGAUGCGAUCUGCUAUAAAGCAAGUCGCUUCUGGUCGUUUCGGUGUCACUUCUGCCUACCUGGCCGACUCCGAUGAGCUUCAGAUCAAGAUGGCCCAGGGUGCUAAGCCUGGUGAGGGUGGUGAGCUUCCUGGCCACAAGGUAUCCAAGUCCAUUGCUCGCACUCGUCACUCCACCCCUGGUGUCGGUCUGAUCUCUCCUCCUCCUCACCAUGACAUUUACUCUAUCGAGGAUCUCAAGCAGCUCAUUUACGAUCUCAAGUGCUCCAGCCCUCGCUCUCGCGUGUCUGUCAAGCUGGUGUCCGAGACCGGUGUCGGUAUCGUCGCCUCUGGUGUCGCCAAGGCCAAGGCUGACCACAUCCUCAUCUCUGGCCACGACGGUGGUACCGGUGCCUCCCGAUGGACCGGUAUCAAGUACGCCGGUCUGCCUUGGGAGCUGGGUCUUGCUGAGACUCAUCAGACCCUGGUGCUGAACGACCUUCGUGGCCGUGUCGUUGUCCAGACUGACGGUCAGCUACGUACCGGGCGCGAUGUGGCUAUUGCCUGCUUGCUUGGUGCUGAGGAGUGGGGCUUCGCUACGACUCCUCUCAUUGCCAUGGGCUGCAUCAUGAUGCGCAAAUGUCACUUGAAUACCUGUCCUGUCGGUAUUGCCACCCAGGACCCUGAGCUCCGCAAGAAGUUCCAGGGUACCCCCGAGCAUGUCAUUAACUUCUUCUACUACAUCGCCAACGAGCUCCGCGCUAUCAUGGCUAAGCUUGGUUUCCGCACCAUCAACGAGAUGGUUGGCCAUGUUGAGGUGCUCAAGGUCCGUGAUGACUUGAGGACUAACAAGACUGAGAACAUCGACCUGUCUCUCAUCCUCACUCCUGCCCACAAGCUGCGCCCUGGUGUUGCUACUUUCAACGUCCGCAAGCAGGAUCACCGCCUCUAUGUUCGCUUGGACAACAAGCUGAUUUCUGAGGCUGAGUUGACCUUGGACAAGGGGCUCCCGUCCAGAAUCGAGUGUGAUAUUGUCAACACUGAUCGUGCCAUGGGUACUUCACUGUCCUACCAGGUUUCGAAGAAGUAUGGAGAGGCUGGUCUGCCGAUGGACACUGUCCAUGUUAACAUCAAGGGCUCCGCCGGUCAGUCUUUCGGUGCUUUCCUUGCUCCUGGUAUUACUCUGGAGCUAGAGGGUGAUGCCAACGACUACGUUGGUAAGGGUCUGUCUGGUGGUCGUCUUAUCGUCUACCCACCUCGCUCUGCGGUCUUCAAGGCUGAGGAGAACAUCCUGAUCGGUAACGUUUGUCUAUACGGUGCCACUCUUGGUACAUGCUUCUUCCGAGGUGUUGCUGCCGAGCGAUUCGCUGUCCGUAACUCCGGUGCCACUGCCGUUGUUGAGGGUGUCGGUGACCACGGUUGCGAGUACAUGACUGGAGGUCGUGUUGUUAUUCUGGGAAGCACUGGUCGCAACUUCGCGGCUGGUAUGUCUGGAGGUAUCGCUUAUAUCCUUGACAUCCACAACGACUUCCUCUCCAAGCUUAACACCGAGAUGGUUGAGGCUUCCGGCAUUGAGGAUCCUGAGGAGAUUGCCUUUGUCCGUGGCCUGAUUGAGGAUCACCACCACUACACCGGCUCUGAGCUUGCUGCUCGUAUUCUCGUUGACUUCAACCGUGCUCUGCCCCGCUUCAUCAAGGUCCUUCCUGUCGACUACAAGCGAGUCCUUCAGGAGGAGGCAGCCAAGGCUGCUGAGGCUAAGCGUGCGGAGUACAACCUCCCUGUUCUUCCGGGUGUUGAGGCCAAGAAGGACAAGAAGGAGGACAAGUCUGCCAAGCUUGCUGAUAUGGAGGAGUCAUUCGGUGACAAGGCCGCUGAGAAGAAGCGUGCUCUUGUUCUCGACAAGACCAAGGGCUUCAUGAAGUACCAGCGACGCGCCGAGAAGUACCGUUCGGCUAAGACCCGUACCAAGGAUUGGGCUGAGCUGUCUCAGAGACUGGACGAGGACGAGCUCAAGUACCAGUCCGCUCGAUGCAUGGACUGCGGUGUUCCUUUCUGCCAGUCUGACACUGGUUGCCCGAUCUCCAACAUCAUUCCCAAGUGGAAUGAGCUCGUUUUCCAGAACCAAUGGAGAGAUGCACUCAAUAGACUGCUGAUGACCAACAACUUCCCUGAGUUCACUGGUCGUGUCUGCCCUGCUCCUUGCGAGGGUGCCUGUGUUCUGGGCAUCAACGAGGAUCCCGUUGGCAUCAAGUCUAUUGAGUGCGCGAUCAUUGAUCGUGGCUUUGAGAUGGGCUGGAUGAUUCCCCGACCUCCCGAGGUACGAACUGGCAAGAACGUUGCUGUCAUCGGUUCUGGUCCUGCUGGUCUCGCUGCCGCUGACCAGCUGAACCGUGCCGGUCACUCCGUCACUGUCUACGAGCGUGCCGAUCGCCCUGGUGGUCUGCUCAUGUACGGUAUUCCCAACAUGAAGCUUGACAAACGUAUUGUCAAGCGACGUACCGACUUCAUGGCUGCCGAAGGUGUCCAGUUCAAGACCGGUGUCGCAGUUGGAGAGGACGUCACCCUGAUGGAUCUCAAGGCUCAGAAUGACGCAGUUGUCAUCGCCACCGGUGCUACUGUUGCCAGAGACCUCCCCAUCAAGAACCGCAACCUCGAGGGUAUCCACUUCGCCAUGGAGUUCCUGCACAAGAACACCAAGUCUCUGCUUGACUCCGAGCUUGCUGAUGGUGCCUACAUUUCUGCCAAGGACAAGCACGUUGUUGUCAUUGGCGGUGGUGAUACCGGAAACGACUGCAUUGGUACUUCCCUCCGACAUGGCGCCAAGUCCGUUGUCAACUUCGAGCUCCUUCCCCAGCCUCCCAACGAGCGUGCUCGUGACAACCCGUGGCCCCAGUGGCCUCGCAUCUACCGUGUUGACUACGGUCACACCGAGGUGCGUCAGCACAUGGGCAAGGAUCCUCGUGAGUUCUGCAUCAUGUCUGAGGAGUUCGUCGACGAUGGCGAGGGCCGUGUCAAGGGUAUCAGCACCGUACGCGUUGAGUGGACCAAGUCUCCGACUGGUGGUUGGGACAUGAAGAAGGUAGAGGGAUCCCAGCAAUUCUUCCCUGCCGACCUCGUCCUCUUGUCCAUGGGUUUCUUGGGACCUGAGGCUCGUAUCCUGGGUGAUGACAUCGAGAAGGACGCCCGCAAGAACGUCAAGACUCCUGCUGGCAAGUACUGCACCAACAUCGAGGGUGUCUUCGCGGCUGGUGAUUGCCGCCGCGGUCAAUCUCUUAUUGUCUGGGGCAUCAACGAGGGUCGCCAGGCUGCUCGUGAGGUUGAUCUGUACUUGGAGCACUGCACCGCCCUGCCAGUCACGGGUGGUAUUAUCAAGCGCACUGCCCAGGAGGUUUUCAGCGCUGCUGCUUAA